AUGGCGGCUAAAAAGUUAUCCCCAGUCACUUUAGCAGAUUUAGUUAAACGUGUUCCCAAAGAUCAAAUGAAGCAAUUUGAAAAAUUUCGAGAUAAAACCAUAGAAUAUCAUAGACGUGUAAGUAAAUAUCCCGAUAAAUUACCACGAAUCGAUUGGGAAUAUUAUCGCAAUAAUGUUCGAAAAGACUAUGCAAAAAUGAUUGUGGAAUUUCAAUGUGAAUAUGAAGAACUCGCUCGGACAUUUAGUGCCCGUCAUGAAAUAAAUGAUUUCGCCAAAUACUAUGAAGAAUUGGAUAAGAUGACCGAACAAGUUAAGAAAGAAAUUGCCGCAUUUGUAAAAUCUUCAAAUGAACGCAUAAAACAAUAUGAAUCUGAAAUGAAACGUCUACAGAAUUUGACGCCAUAUAACGAAAUGACUAUGGAACAAUUUGUUGUCGAUCGUGAAGAUUUAGCGGAGUUUAUACCACGUCAGGGUAGUCCAUUAUUUUGGCCACAUACCCCUGAGGAACAACGUGUUGGGCCAGCUAAUCCUGAUUAUGAUAAGAAACAUCAUCAGGAGGAAAAAUCUGCAUCGCCGGAAACUAAUAACACGGAUGUCAUUGUUUCGUGA